AUGGGAAACACGGUGUCAGCGGCAGAAAAGGUUGCUUCCAACAUCGUGCCCAGCACGCUGACGAAGGGUGAAGAAGCGACAUUACCAAAAGGACACCCGCCUCUCGGCGAUAAAUCAGCUAUGGGCGGUAAUCCACCACCCGAAUGUCCGAUGCAUCAAAAACAGCAACCCAAAGAACAACCAGUGCUGGUAUCGGAAUGCCCUGUCAAGCACGAUGGAGCUGAUGUAAAUCCGCUUAAUAUGAUGCCACCCGCGAAUCAAAACCCAGCUCCUGGACAACCGUUCCCACUUCCUACGGACCGUCAAACUUCGUCUAUUCCAAAGGCAACCGCCGACGGAAAGCAGGAGUUCUGGUUGUACCCAAGUCAGCAAAUGUUCUGGAACGCAAUGCUGCGCAAAGGAUGGCGCUGGGAAAAGGACGACCUCGCACCCAAAGAUAUGGAUGACAUUAUAAAGAUUCACAAUGCCAACAACGAACAAGCUUGGCAGGAGGUACUUAAAUGGGAAGCGCUGCAUGCUCGCGAAUGUGGCAACCCACGCUUGAAGAGCUUCGGUGGAAAGGCAACAGAUUUCAGCCCGCGGGCGAAAAUUCGCAACAUGAUGGGAUACGAGCUGCCUUUCGAUCGACACGAUUGGAUCAUCGAUCGUUGUGGCAAGGAUGUGCGCUACGUUAUCGACUACUACGACGGUGGAAUGGUUGACGAGAAGUACAAAUUUGCACUGUUGGAUGUCAGACCCGCCAUGGACUCGUUUGAAAACAUUUGGGACCGUAUGAAGGUAGCGUACAUGCGAUGGAAGUUUGAGCUGGAAGAUAAGUUAAAGGAGUUGACAAAUUAA